GAGUUACAGCUGUGUUCAAAGGGCCACCCUCAAGGUUGCCGGUAGCGAGGUUCCAGCAGUUGUCAAAACCAUGCGAGUAUUUGAUUCCGACCCCGACAAGCUGAAAGACCGCCUGCUGCGGAUGAAGCAGGAGCUACAGCACAACAACAUUGUGAAAAUUUUGGGCUUGUACUGGCUCGAGCCGAAGGUUAUGAGCGUUGUUAUGGAGCCAGCAGAUCGAUGCUUACGACGUCUUCUGACGGAAGAGCCUCAA